UGCAAGAAGCUGUUGCCGUUCCGGGCCCCCCAUGUCUGUGCCUCACCGCAGCAACUGUACAGUAGGUACACCAGGAUACCUAAGUCAGAAGCUUAUUUACAAUUACUGUCUGGAAUUGGCCCCAAUGCAUUCAGAUGUAUAUAACAAGCUCACUUAGCUCAUCAUCUAUCAGUUGCUAAUCGCUCCGUGAACUUUAUUUUUCUGCCAAGAUGUCGUCAAACAAUCGCGGGUCCCAGUCAGGUAUGGAGAAGCAAUCCGAUUUGAGUAUCCGAGGAAAGCGCCAUUCCGACCAGAUCGCAAAGUCAAAGAACGAGUCGAGUCUGUCUGAAAUGGCAGCGGUCCAACCCAAGAGCGGGAGAAUGGGGAAACCGAAAACCCGGACGGGAUGCAUCACCUGCAAAAUACGGCGUAUAAAGUGCGACGAAGGAAAGCCAUUUUGUAUGAGGUGUACUCUAACUGGACGCCAAUGCGAUGGAUACCGUCAACCCUCGCAACUGAAAGGAACAGCUCCACAUCCAAUGCAGAUUGCAAAGCUGCGGCCUGCUACUCCCGCUCUGCAGCUGCAUCUCGUUAUCAAACUGAAUCAUCGCAUACCACCUCAACUAACAGAGUACCCCGACCGGACGCAUUGUGAGCAUAGAUCUCUCGAAUACUUCCGAUGUUGCACUGCGACGGUUAUGUCCCAUUGGCUAGUGGAGAAUUUCUGGAAGUACCAGCUUCCUCAGACAGCGAACUCUGAGCCAGCUACUCGGCACGCCAUGAUUGCAUUGGCAAAGAUACAUGAAGACGUUGAAAUUCAACGAGAGGGCAUACCAAACGAUCCUCGACUUGCUCCAGAAGUAUCGGCUCGUCGCUCGCAAUAUGCUCGCCAUCACUACAAUAUCGCCGUAUCAGAGCUGGCUCGGGCUCUGCGAGAGCGAACAGAUUCAGAAGAAGUCGCUUUGAUGGUCUGUGCCCUGUUUGUUAUAUUCAACUUCGUCUCUGGCAACUCCUUGGCAGCGAUCUUUCACAUGCACAAUGGUGUGGAGAUCUUGAGCAGAUGGAAAUCUUCCAAGAUUGGGAAUCGAGUUCUAAGCGAAGGCUCUUUGGAGAAGAAUUUGAUAACCCUCUUUGGAAGACUGAGUCAUCAAAGCACUUCAUUAGACGAGUCCAUCCCAGAGCUACGCCCUCAUAUGCCUACAAUGAUUUCUUUUCCUUCUUUGCAGGUAGCGGGAACGUCCAUGGAGUCAUUGGUUCGAGAGGGACUCAGACUCGUGCGCAUAGGAGCAGUCUUGGCCUACAACCCUCAAGCAGCAGUACGCUGGGACGACCUUGAACUUCAAGCUUCCGGAUUUCUCGCGGACUUGUCCCAAUGGCUAUCACAAUUCGAAAGCCUGGUUGCUACACUUCCUAUACCGCGCAAUGACGGAGAUGAAGGACAGAUUUACAGGCUACGGGUCAUGUACCUCACUGCACAUAUCUGGAUCUGCUUUGGAGUCACCACACCCGAAGCACCAGAACCCACAUCCGUGCUUGAACAAUUCCUUAAGGUGGUUGAAGAGAUAUACACCAAAUGGAUAGCCGGACAACUUGGAUGUCCAUCCCUUCAUAUAUUUGAUCUAGGAAUUAUACCUCCUCUAGUAUUAAUCGCCACAAAGAGUCAGAACCAGAUGUUGAAAGAAAGGGCUCAAUUGAUGCUUCGGAAAGCAGCGCCCCUCAUUGUCCUGGGCACACCACCAUCAAUACCGGUCUCGAUGGGAACAGUAACAUUACGCGAUGAAACGUUUUCCGGAACACCCUUGCCGACGAAUCUAGAGAUCGAAAUGGCAGACAUCGGUGAACACGGAACGGUCGAAAUCGAGGUCGAGCCUGGAGCGACGCAGAUUGGGAUAUCGUUAAAACCCAAACGCUCUGGAGAUGGAUGGGAAGUGAGGAAAGACUUUGCAGUAUAGACGACAAUGGGAAAAACUCCGCAUCAAUUUUGCAGACAUCCAGCUUCCAAGUUCAAGGAACGGCAAGCGUUUGGUAGUCGCCCAUUUAUUUUCUUCUUCAACGCAUAUCCUCUGUUUGCGAUCCAACAUUUCAUCCAAAACCUGUGUUCUGCCCUGAUGUCCGUUGGCGCUAAUUGAUACUGCUUCAUGUUUGAGGGUCCCAACAUCGGCCUCUACUCUUGUUAUCAACUCACGAUCCUUUUUUUGGAUGCGGUUGAGGCCUUACAUCCUUGCAAUACCCCG